AUGAGAUUUUACCCUCCUAGAAGUAGAGGAGCGGCGAAUUUAAUUUUUAUUUCUCUGACACUACCAGGAAUUUUAUUAAGUACCAUUCUGACGCUCACCGAUGCACUGGAAGACGUUGGUCAGAAAAGGUUCUCCUUCAGUGGCACCAUAAGAUCAGAUGCAAAGGCAGGAGAUGAGGUGCAGUUGAACUCGAGCAUUGCCAGUUACUACAGCAAGAUUCUGCUAUCAAGCCUCACUAACAAGCAUCACAAAGUGAAAAUAUGUGGCUAUACGGUCUACAGAGAUCCUUAUAUGCUCUUCAAGGUAAACCCAGAGUCAACUGCCACAGGAAGUGCUAAGAUUGUACUUACCAAAGACAUUAAAAGUGAGAAUUUCAAAUGGAAUUAUACCUUCGAGAUUGCACCACACACAUGUGAGUCUGGCAGACAUUUGGAAAGAAGAAAGAUGUAUGCGUGA